AUGGAUCAUUCCCAGUGCCUUGUGACUAUUUACGCCUUGGCGGUUCUGCUGGGUCUCCGGAUAGAGCAAGGCGCUAGCCAGCAUUAUCUCCACAUCCGCCCGGCGCCCAGCGACAACUUGCCCUUGGUGGAUCUAAUCGAGCACCCGGACCCUAUCUUUGACCCCAAGGAGAAGGAUCUUAACGAGACCUUGCUGCGGAGCCUCAUGGGCGGACACUUCGACCCUAACUUUAUGGCUGUCUCCUUGCCCGAGGACCGGCUAGGGGUGGACGAUCUGGGCGAGCUGGACUUGCUGCUCAGGCAGAGACCCUCGGGAGCGAUGCCCAGCGACAUCAAAGGGCUGGAGUUUUACGAGGGGCUGCAGCCGGGCAAAAAACACCGGCUGAGCAAAAAACUGCGCAGGAAGCUGCAGAUGUGGCUCUGGUCCCAGACCUUUUGCCCAGUCCUCUACACGUGGACCGAUCUUGGCAGCCGCUUUUGGCCCCGCUAUGUCAAAGUGGGCAGCUGCUACAGUAAAAGGUCUUGUUCGGUCCCAGAAGGCAUGGUUUGCAAGCCUGCCAAGUCGGUGCAUUUAACGAUCUUGAGGUGGAGAUGCCAGCGCCGGGGGGGGCAGAGGUGCACAUGGAUACCCAUUCAGUACCCCAUCAUUUCGGAGUGCAAAUGCUCCUGCUAG